GAGCGGACAGGGCGGCUUCCGGGAUGUGGUAGGACCGUUGGCUCUCGCUGCACGCGGAGGUCCAGGUGUCGUCCUUACUGGUGUGCGUCGUCCGCUCCUAAAGGCCCAGCUUCUAUGGCCCUGUGACCUGCAGGUAUUGGGAGAUUCACAACUAAGUCGCCAGGACCCCCGGAAGCCUAGAAAUGGGAUCGUUGACAUUUUGGGAUGUGGCCAUACAAUUCUCUCUGGAGGAGUGGCAAUGCCUGGACACUGCACAGCAGAAUUUAUAUAGGAAUGUGAUGUUAGAGAACUACAGAAACCUGGUCUUCCUGGGUAUUGCUGCCCCUAAGCCAGACCUGAUCAUUUUUCUGGAGCAAGGAAAAGAGCCCUGGAAUAUGAAGAGACAUGAGUUGGUGAAAGAACCGCCAGUUAUAUGUUCUCAUUUUGCUCAAGACCUUUGGCCAGAGCAGGGCAGAGAAGAUUCUUUCCAAAAAGUGAUAUUGAGAAGAUAUGAAAAAUGUGGACAUGAGAAUUUACAGUUAAAAAUUGGUUGUACCAAUGUGGAUGAGUGUAAGGUGCACAAAAAAGGUUAUAAUAAGCUUAACCAGAGUUUGACAACUACACAAAGCAAAGUAUUUCAGUGUGGCAAAUAUGCAAACAUCUUUCAUAAAUGUUCAAAUUCAAAAAGACAUAAGAUAAGGCAUACUGGAAAGAAACUUUUGAAAUGUAAAGAAUAUGUCAGAUCAUUUUGCAUGCUUUCACACCUAUCUCAACAUAAAAGAAUUUAUACUAGAGAGAAUUCCUACAAAAGUGAAGAACAUGGCAAAGCCUUUAACUGGUCCUCAGCCCUUACUUAUUAUAAGAGAAUUCAUACUGGAGAGAAACCCUACAAAUGUGAAGAAUGUGGCAAAGCCUUUAGUAAGUUCUCAAUCCUUACUAAGCAUAAGGCAAUUCAUACUGGAGAGAAACAUUACAAAUGUGAAGAAUGUGGCAAAGCCUUCACCCGGUCCUCAAGCCUUAUUGAACAUAAGAGAAGUCAUGCUGGAGAGAAACCCUACAAAUGUGAAGAAUGUGGCAAAGCCUUUAGUAAGGCCUCAACCCUUACUGCACAUAAGACAAUUCAUGCUGGAGAGAAACCCUAUAAAUGUGAAGAAUGUGGCAAAGCUUUCAACCGGUCCUCAAACCUUACGGAACAUAAGAGAAUUCAUACUGGAGAGAAGCCCUGCAAAUGUGAAGAAUGUGGCAAAGCCUUUGGUAACUUCUCAACCCUUACUAAACAUAAGGUAAUUCAUACUGGAGAGAAACCCUACAAAUGUGAAGAAUGUGGCAAAGCCUUCAGCUGGCCCUCAAGCCUUACCGAACACAAGAGAAUUCAUGCUGGAGACAAACCUUACAAAUGUGAAGAAUGUGGGAAAACCUUUAAGUGGUCCUCAACACUUACUAAACAUAAGAUAAUUCAUACUGGAGAGAAACCCUACAAAUGUGAAGAGUGUGGCAAAGCCUUUACUACAUUUUCAAGCCUUACUAAACAUAAAGUAAUUCAUACUGGAGAGAAACACUACAAAUGUGAAGAAUGUGGCAAAGUCUUCAGCUGGUCCUCAAGCCUUACUACACAUAAGGCAAUUCAUGCUGGAGAGAAACUCUACAAAUGUGAAGAAUGUGGCAAAGCCUUUAAGUGGUCCUCAAACCUUAUGGAACAUAAGAGAAUUCAUACUGGAGAGAAACCCUACAAAUGUGAAGAAUGUGGCAAAGCCUUCAGUAAGGUUGCAAACCUUACUAAACAUAAGGUAAUUCAUACUGGAGAAAAACAAUACAAAUGUGAAGAAUGUGGCAAAGCCUUCAUCUGGUCCUCAAGACUUAGUGAACAUAAGAGAAUUCAUACUGGAGAGAAACCCUACAAAUGUGAAGAAUGUGGCAAAGCCUUUAGCUGGGUCUCAGUCCUUAACAAACAUAAGAAAAUUCAUGCUGGAAAGAAAUUCUACAAAUGUGAAGAAUGUGGUAAAGACUUCAACCAAUCCUCACACCUUACUACUCAUAAGAGAAUUCAUACUGGAGGAAAACCCUACAAAUGUGAAAAAUGUGGCAAAGCUUUCAAUUAGUUCUCAACCCUUACUGAACAUAAGGGUAUUUAUACAGGAGGGAAACCCUACAAAUGUGAAGAAUGUGGCAAAUUUUUUAAUUCCUCAAUCCUUACUAAACAUAAGGUAAUUCAUACUGGAGGGAAUUCCUACAAUUGUGUGGAAUGUGGCAAAGCCUUUAACCAGUCCUUAAGGCUUACUACAUAUAAGACAACUCAUACUGGAGAGAAACCAUGCAUGUGUGAAGAAUGUGGGAAAGCCUCUAACAGAUCCUCAAUUCUUAACAGACAUAAGCUAAUUCAUACUAGAGAGAAACUGCAAACCUGAAAGAUGUGACAAUGCUUUUGGCAACACCUGAAACUUUUCUGAAUAUAAAAGAAAUCAUACUGGUGAGAAAUCCUAGAAAUGUGAAGAAUGUGACAAAGCCUUUAAAUGGCUGUCACACUUGAUUGUAGGUAAGAUAACUCAUACUGGAGAAAACUACUAGAAUAAACAAUGUGGCAAAACAUUUAACCAAUGCUCAUGCCUAAUUGCAAAGGAAAGCAUUUACACUAGCCUGGGCAACAGAGGGAGACUGUCUGGGGGAAAAAAUGUGAAUGUCAUUAAUAUCUUCUCACAUCUUAUUCAGCAUCAGAGAGUUCAUACUAAAUAAAAGCAUUAAAAGUGCAAUUGCUGUCAAUAGAUCUUUCAGAAAAUAUAAGCCCUUAAAGUACAGAAGAAUAUUUAUUUUGAGGAAACACGUUAUAAAUAUAAAGAGGGUUGUAGUACCUUUACGUGUAUCACAGGUUUUAUUGUACACAUUUUGUACUACAGGAAAACCCUGAGGUAGUUGUUCCAACUUUGCUCAACAUCAGGGAAUUUAUAUUGAAGAAUAACCCUGCAAAUUUAAUGAAUUUGGAAAAACAUUUUUUCAAAAACUACAGAUUAUAAAACACGAAAGUUUAUACUAAAAUAUAUGUUUGCAGAUGAAGUAAAUAUUAAAAAAUUUUAAUCCAAAAUUAAGUAAAUAUCAGAGAAUUCACAAUAGAAAUAUCUGUCUCAAACUUCAGACAUUACACUUCAUCAGAUUGCUGAGUAUAGGAAAAAAUCCAAAACUAAAGUUGGUAAAAAGAAAAAUUUUUUAUAUGUAACUUUAAAAGAAGUAGAUCUUUGAAGAGUUAUAAUUUCAUUUAAAGUACACUUUUGUCUUGAAAAUACAGAUUUUUUUUGUCAGACACAGUGGCUUACAUCUAUAAGGCCAACACUUUGGGAUGCUGAGGUGGGUAGAUCACCUGAGUUCAAGACCAGCCUGGCCAACUUGGUGAAACCCCAUGUCUACUAAAACGAAAUAAAAAAAAUUAGCGAAGCAUGGUGGUGCACAUCUGUAGUCCCAGCUACUUGGGAGGCUGAGGCAUGAGAAUCACUUGAACCUGGGAGCCAGAGGUUGCAGUAAGCUGAGAUGUUGCUACUGCAUUGCAGCCUGGGUGACAGAGCAAGACUCUGUCUCAAAAGAAAAAAAAAAAAAAGCAGCUUAUUUGGAAACUGAAUAAUGAUGGAAUUCAACUCUUAAAUUACUUCAUGCUAUUUCUUCAUUUCUGUUGUAUUCACAUGUAAAAAAAAUGUGAUCAAUUCUGCAUCAAAGAUUUGGGAGACUAUUAGGCGGUCGUUAUUUAUUACCUUAUGGAUGACUAAGGACAUUGAAAUGUAAGAUGCAUGAUGAAAAUUUAAGUAGAAAGGCUGUUUGUGGUUAACUUACAGAAUUGAGUGAUGUAGGGCAUUCCGAGUAAUAUUCUUUUUUUUUUUUUUUUUUUUUUUUGAGAGGGAAUCUCACUCUGUUGCCCAGGCUGGAGUGCAGUGGCAUAAUCUCGGUUCACUAUAAGCUCCUCCUCCCAGGUUCAAGCUAUGCUCCUGUCUCCACCUCCCAAGUAGCUGAGAUUACAGUUGCCCCUGACCACAUCCAGCUAAUAUUUCUAUUUUAGUAAAACAAGGUUUCACCAUGUUGGCCAGGCUGUUCUUGAACUCUUGACCUCAAGUGAUCUGCCUGCCUUGGCUUCUCAAAGUGCUGUGAUUAUAGGUGUGAACCACUGUGCCCAGCCCUAAGUAAUAUUCUAAUGCGUUAUUAUGAGAGAAAAUCAUUCUUAUAGUUAAAAUUAAAUCAAAAUAAUUAGUAUGUCAUUUUACUAAUUGUACUUUUAUGUGAUAAAACUUUUUUUUAAAGUUUUGGAUUGUGUUAAUUUUUCAAUUCAACAUUUAUAAUGUUAAAUACUGUUAUACAUUCAAUAAAGUUAUUAUGCUACUAAUUUUAACCUAUUCCACCUUACUCAAGGGUAUAUUUAAAAGAUGGUUACAAUACACUAUUUGGUAACAUAAUAGACUAACGUCUCUAGUAUUCUUCUUUUUUAGUGGCUUUAAACUACAAAUAAGUUAAAGAAUAUGGUUCCUGUAGGUUAAAUUUUUUUUACAUUUAAAUUUAUUUUUCUUAGUUUUUGUGUUUACAUAAUAUGUGUAUAUAUUUAUGCCAUAUAUGGCGUAUUUUAAUACAGUCAUACAAUAUAUAAUGAUCACAUUGUGAUAAAUAAGGUAGCUAUAACCUCUGGCUUUUAUGUUUUGUAUUACAAACAAUUCAAUUCUACAGUCUUAGUUAUUCUAAGUUGUACAGUUAAAUUAUUAUUGGCUACAUGGUUAUUUUUAUGGUCAUCAUAAAAAUUAUAUACAAGCGUAAAUAAAAUCAAUAUAUUUCUGAGUCCUGAAUA